AUGUCAUCAGCAUCAUUACUUGAACAAUUAACCAGCAGUGUAUCUAUGUCUAUGCUGGCUAUUGUUUCCAUAGCUAUUUUGGUUUUAUUAUUAAUAUAUACCGUCGCUUGUCGAAUCAUCUUUUCAUCAUCAAAAUCAAAAACAUCUACUUCAAAACAACAUUCAAAUAAAGAUAAAAAAUCAAAAGAAACUAAUACAAUAAAAAAACAACAAGUUGAUAUAACAUCUACUAAUAAGAAAAAGAAUAAUAAAGUUAACAAAAAUGUACUUCCAGUUUCAUCAACAUCAUCACAAAAUACACAAUCUGAAGAAAGUGAAAAUGAAAAAUCAACAUUUGUUGUAUCAUCAAAAAAAUCCACAUCAGCAAGUAAAAAAGUAGUUGUUACCGAUGAAAAUAAUCAGACUAGUCCUUUAACAAAUGCAAUUAAAACAUCAUCAACUAAAAAACAUCAAACAUCUGUACGUGCUGAAAAUGUUCAAAACUCAACUGAAGGACAAAAUGAAGAUAAUAACAAGAAACAAUUGAAAACUAAUGCAGCACCUACAUCGGCUAAUACUAUAGUUGCAUCUAACAAAAAGAAACCAUCAGGAAAGCGCGAUGGCAAUACCAAGGUCAAUACUGCUAAUUCAAAGAAAAACGAAUCUGUACCUAUUAAUGCGGAGUCUAAACGAAACUUGACUAUUGAUGUUGAAGUUGGUAGUGAUCAAGAAGAUGAAGGACAAUGGCUUAUACAAGGCAGUAAACAGGUUAAUCAUCGUAAUCGAAAUAAGGGUAAAAAUGAAACAUCUAAUACUAACAAUCAACCAUUAUCAAAUAAUUAUAAUGUUGUAUCCAAACAACUAUCAAAUAGCAAUACUUCAUCAUCAAUAAAUAACAAUGAAUUACAUAUUGAAACAACAACACCAUUAAUAAAUGAUUUAACAUCAUCAAUUGAAGAUCCUGAACCAAUUGAAAUUUGUCAAUUAUUACCAACAAAUGAAAAUCUUUAUACAUCUAAUGAUAAUUGGUGGAAACAAGCAUUAAAUAAACAACAAACAUUUUCAAUUGAUGAUAUUGGUGAAUGGCCUGAACGUGAACAAGAUGAACAAUAUAUUGUUCAAAUAAAACGAAUUAUACCUGUGAAAAAAUUAAAUGAAAAACAAAAGUCUGAUGAUAAAUAA